UGCGACAGCUCUGGCUCGCUCCGCCACGCCUCUCUGCUGAAGCCGACCAGCACAGGCUACACGCACAGCACCAGCCACAACGCUACAGCGCUAGCCCCACCCUCGCACCGGCCUCGACAGCUCCUCGCCGCCUCAUCUCCUCCUCGAAACGCGAUGAGCGCACCCGCCGGCACCGUCUCGCUCGACCAGCUCUCCUUGGAGCAGUUGUCCCAGGUCAGGACACAGCUUGAGCAGGAGCUCAAGCACCUCACGCAGGCGUUCGGCGACCUCAAGCAGGCCCAGAGCAAGUUUGCUGGCUGCAUAGACUCGCUCGAGUCCAUCAAGCCCGCCAACAAGGAGAAGAAGAUCCUCAUCCCGCUCACGAGCUCGCUGUACGUCCCCGGGCGGAUAAAGGACACGGACAACGUCCUCGUCGACAUCGGCACGGGCUACUUUGUCGAAAAGAACACCAAGGAGGCCAAGACGCUGUACAACUCCAAGGUGCUCGCCCUCAAGUCCAACUUGGCGACGCUGCAGGGCCAGAUCGAGAAGAAGCAGGACAACUUUCAGGCGUGCACAGAGAUGAUGAGGAUGAAGAUGGCGCAGCAGCAGCAGCAGCAGGCGGCGGCAGCGGGCGGGUCCAAGGGCGAGUAGCUCCUUCUUUUGCAAAGUCCUCGUGUAAUGCUCCUUGCC